GAGACAUUGUAGUUUGUCGACUGGAGAUUUGUGCGGUGUUUGCAAGAGCAAGGAAGAUGGCUAUUACAGGUUUGAUUUCAAAUGAUCAACCGCAGUUUAUCACUAGCACUGAGAAUCGAGCUUGUUCUAAUGCUCCGCUGAUCGAGAACCAGGACUCUAACCAGAUCAUAGUGCCUGAUAGAAAAAGUUGGAAAAACUUAUUUGCAUAUAUGGGUCCUGGAUUUCUUGUUUCUAUUGCAUAUAUUGAUCCUGGGAAUUUCGAAACGGAUCUACAGUCAGGUGCACAGUACAAGUAUGAGUUGCUCUGGAUCAUCCUAGUUGCUUCUUUUGCUGCCCUUGUCAUUCAAUCCCUUGCAGCCAACCUUGGGGUGGUCACAGGAAAACAUUUAGCAGAGCAUUGUAGAGCUGAAUAUUCAAGGGUGCCAAACUUCAUCCUAUGGAUGCUCGCUGAAAUUUCAAUAGUUGCAUGUGACAUUCCUGAAGUGAUUGGAACAGCCUUUGCGCUGAACAUGCUCUUCAACAUUCCUCUAUGGUGUGGUGUUCUUCUUACAGGGCUAAGUACUCUAGUUUUUCUAGCGCUGCAGCAAUAUGGGGUGAGGAAACUUGAGUUAUUUAUUGCAUUUCUGGUAUUUACAAUUGCUGCAUGCUUCUGUGCGGAGCUUGGAUAUGCAAAGCCCAACUCUUCAGAAGUUCUGAAGGGGCUUUUUGUUCCCUCACUCAAAGGAAACGGAGCUACUGCCCUUGCAAUUUCACUUCUUGGUGCUAUGGUGAUGCCGCACAAUCUUUUCCUCCACUCAGCAUUGGUGCUUUCUAGGAGAGUUCCACGAUCCAUUCAGGGCAUCAAGGAUGCAUGCAGAUUUUAUACCAUAGAGAGUGCAGUUGCUCUAACGAUAGCCUUUCUCAUUAAUGUAUCAGUUAUUUCUGUGAGUGGUGCAGUCUGCAAUUCAGAAAACUUGAGUCAAGAAGAUCAGACAGGCUGCAAGAACUUGGACUUGAACAAAGCCUCUUUUCUACUAAGAAAUGUCUUAGGCAGUUUCAGUUCAAAGCUAUUUGCAGUUGCAUUAUUGGCAUCGGGUCAAAGUUCCACAAUUACUGGGACCUAUGCUGGGCAAUUUGUCAUGCAGGGGUUUCUUCAUUUGCGUCUCAGGCCAUGGGUACGGAACUUUUUAACAAGAUGUUUGGCAAUAGUGCCAAGUCUAAUUGUUUCAAUCAUUGGUGGCUCUGCUGGGGCUGGCAAAUUAAUCAUUAUUGCAUCGAUGAUCCUGUCAUUUGAACUCCCUUUUGCUCUCGUUCCACUUCUUAAGUUCACUAGCAGCACAACCAAGAUGGGUUUAUAUGCGAACUCAACUUUGAUAACUGCAGUCACCUGGAUCAUAGGCUCCCUGAUCAUGGCCAUUAACAUAUACUUUAUUGCGACCAGCUUUAUUACGUUACUACUUCAUUCAGGGUUAACAGUCAUCGUAGUUGUGUUUUCUGGGAUAUUUGGAUUUUCAGGUAUGUUGAUAUAUUUGGCUGGGAUUGCAUACUUGGUUUUCCGAAAAAAUAAAGAAGUUACACACUUGUUGCCAUUAGACGAGCCAGAGACCAGACAGACAAUUAACAAUCCAAAUAAUGGAUCAUUAUAUAGCCUCCCCAGAGACGAUAUUGUAAGCAUGCAAUUGCCUCAGAGGAUUCGAACAACAGAAAUUGACUAAAUGGUGAUGCUCUUGUUCAAUUAGGCUUAAUGAUUCAAUUUUGACAUGCAUGCUAAAUGUGUAAAUAACUAAAUGUCCUUAGGAGUGGGAAGUAAUAGUUUGCCACCUGACUUUUCAUUUC